AUGGUGCCUUCGUUAGAGCUCAAAAUACCUCCUCUGCUGUUACUUGUUCUGUGUUUAUUACUGCAGUACGCAUUAAGCACAUAUGUGAGCCCUUUCUUGACAUCAGAAUCGAAUCCAGCCUGGCAGACCAAUUUUUCUCAUUUGUUUGCAGUCCGUGUGGGGCUGAUGACAGUUGUCAUGAUAUUUGGAUUGUUCAUUGCUUGGUUAGGAGUGAGAGCUUUUCAUCAAUCAAAAACAACAGUGAAUCCUCUCAAUCCAUCAGAAGCAUCGUCAUUGGUUUCGAAUGGAAUUUUUGCAUACACUCGAAAUCCCAUGUAUGUCGGAAUGAGUGUUGUAGCAUUUGGUUUUUCAUUGUUUUUAUUGGAUCCUUUCGCAUUUCUUUUUGUUCCAUUGUUUGUCAUGUAUUUAAAUCAUUUUCAAAUAAUUCCGGAAGAGAGAGAAUUAAGGAAAAUAUUUGGAAAGGAAUUUGAGGAGUACAUGUUGCGAGUACGGCGAUGGAUUUAA